ACGAGAGUUCCAGUAUAUUCUGAAUAGCGAACACCAAGUUAGAGAUCAGUGGAUACUACAGGACAAAAAAAAGAGAAUGAACGUGGAGACUCAGGAAGGGAAGAGGGAACAGUGGAGCUCUAAAACAGAGUUCCUUCUCACAGUUUGUGGUAACGUGGUCGGCCUGGGAAAUGUAUGGAGGUUCCCCUAUCUCUGCUAUAAGAACGGUGGAGGUGCCUUCCUUGUGCCCUACCUGCUGUACGUUGGGCUAUGUGGUCUUCCUCUGUUCCUUCUCGAGACAUCAAUUGGUCAGUACACCCAACAGGGCAUUGUCACAUGCUGGAAGAGCUUAUGUCCGCUUGCUGAAGGUGUUGGCAGGGCAGAGCUUCUCAUCCUGAUCUAUGACUCUAUCAUUUACCUCGUGAUCCUGGCCUGGACUCUCUUCUACCUGGUGUUCUCUUUCAGUUCUCAGCUACCCUGGGCCAGCUGUGGUAACACCUGGAACACAGAUCAAUGUGUGGAUUUCACUUCACUAAACCAUACUGCCAACUGUACCUCCAAAAUCACCACUACUUCUGCUGCCACUGAGUUCUGGGAGCGUCGUCUGUUGGCUAUCUCUGGAGGCAUUGAAGAGGUAGGCAGUGUAAGAUGGGAGCUGAUGCUCUGUCUCCUCGCCUGUUGGGCUGUCUGCUACUUCUGUAUCUGGAAAGGAAUCAGGUACUCAGGAAAGGUGGUGUAUUUCACUGCCACGUUUCCCUAUCUGAUGCUCUUGGUGUUGCUGUUGAGAGGGUUGACUUUACCUGGAGCUUGGGAGGGGAUUCAGUUCUACCUGUAUCCAGACCCAGUCCGCCUUGCAGACCCCCAAGUCUGGAUGGAAGCAGGAACGCAGGUGUUCUUCUCCUACUGUAUUGGACGGGGAAGUCAAACUGUUUUGGGAAGCUUCAACAAAUACAACAAUAACUGCUACAUGGACAGCUUUUGGCUGUGUCUACUGAAUGGUUGUACCAGUUUUGUGGCUGGAUUUGCAGUCUUCUCGGUGCUGGGAUUCAUGGCACAGAAACAGGGUGUUUCUGUCGCGAUGGUGGCAGAGUCAGGUCCUGGUUUGGCAUUCAUCGCCUUCCCCCAGGCAGUAGCCAUGAUGCCGUUGCCACAGCUCUGGACGGUCUGCUUCUUCAUUAUGCUUCUUCUGCUGGGAAUUGACACACAGUUUGUCUUAAUGGAGGGAGUGAUAACGUCUUUCACAGACUUAUUUCCUGUUACACUGCGAAGGCCCAAAUAUCGAGAGGGCUUUGUGCUCCUCUUCUGUCUCUCCUGCUUCCUUAUACAGCUGACUCUGAUCACAGAGGGUGGGAUCUUUGUGUUCCAGCUCAUUGAUUACUACGGCUGCAGCGGAGCGUGUGUUCUCUUUGUGGCUGUGUUUGAGUCACUGGCAGUGGGAUGGAUCUUUGGGGCAGAUCACAUGGAGGAUGCCAUUAAGGACAUGACUGCACAGAGACCAUGUGUCCUCUUCAGACUGUGCUGGCGUUACUUCACCCCACUUGUGUCUCUGAGUUCCUUUAUUUUACACAUGGUGGACUAUAAACCUCUCAAGUUUAACCGCUGGUACACGUACCCAGACUGGGCCUAUGCACUGGGCUGGGCCAUGGCCCUCUCCUCCAUCCUCCUGGUGCCACUGUGGGGGAUUGGCAAGAUCUGCGUUGGCAAAGGCAGCCUCAGACAGCGCUUGGCUGUCCUUUGUCACCCCGAUGACGACCUCCCUCUAACCCGGCAGGGGAAAUGCCAAAACUCAGAACUGGAGACACUGCAAGAUAUUAAACCCAUAUGAGCUUCGUUUUGCUGGGCAUUAGCAGUGAUAUUGUUUGACAUCUUGUUUAUUAAAACUCACGCAGUGGCA